AUGGUGGCAGAUUCUAACUCCAAAUCCGAUCUCUCCUUCGGCAAAAUCUUUGCCAGCAGUGCUUUCUCUGCAUGUUUCGCUGAGGUGUGUACUAUUCCGUUGGACACUGCCAAAGUUAGGCUUCAGCUUCAAAAACAAGCUGCAGCUGGUGAUGUAAUCUCCUUACCUAAAUAUAAGGGUAUGCUGGGAACGGUUGGUACAAUUGCCAGGGAAGAAGGUCUUUCAGCACUCUGGAAGGGAAUUGUGCCAGGGUUACAUCGUCAGUGUUUGUAUGGAGGUUUAAGAAUUGGGUUAUAUGAGCCUGUUAAGGCUUUCUAUGUGGGGAAGGACCAUGUUGGAGAUGUUCCAUUGUCAAAGAAAAUUCUUGCUGCAUUCACAACGGGCGCCGUGGCAAUUGCAGUGGCAAAUCCAACUGAUCUUGUCAAAGUUAGACUUCAAGCAGAAGGAAAACUACCUCCUGGUGUUCCCAGGCGCUACUCUGGAUCUUUAAAUGCUUAUUCAACGAUUGUGAGACAGGAAGGAGUUGGGGCUCUUUGGACCGGGCUUGGCCCCAAUAUAGCAAGAAAUGGUAUCAUCAAUGCUGCUGAAUUAGCCAGUUAUGAUCAAGUGAAGCAGACUAUUUUGAAAAUUCCAGGAUUCACUGACAACGUUGUGACUCAUCUCCUUGCUGGUCUUGGGGCAGGGUUUUUCGCCGUCUGUAUUGGCUCCCCAGUAGAUGUGGUUAAGUCGAGAAUGAUGGGAGAUUCUAGUUACAAGAACACCCUUGAUUGUUUUAUCAAAACGUUAAAGAAUGAUGGACCCAUGGCCUUUUAUAAAGGGUUCCUCCCAAAUUUUGGACGGCUAGGAUCUUGGAAUGUGAUCAUGUUUCUCACCUUAGAACAGACUAAAAAGUUCGUCAAAAGUUUAGAGUCAUCCUGA